CUAACUUUAAAUCAAAUGGGAAAAUACGCAAUGCGUGAUCGCGUUCGCGCAGUAAUUAUAUUCUUCAUUCAAGAAACACUCAUCGACCAAGACACACAUUUUGAGAUUGGUUCUGCACUCUCCGGGUCUGCAUUUUAGUAUUGUGGUUCUUAACUGAAGUUAAGAAACACUGCAGUGCAGAGUAGCUUCUCGAGCAGGACUACUUGUACUUUGUGACAAGAUAAAACGCCGGAAAAAACAAUGUUACGGGAAAUCGUGAGCGCAGUAUUCAUUUUAACGAUAUCUGUUUGGGGAAGUCCAACAUGCAGAACUCGUUCCGUUACGGAGGUCGUGUGUGUCGCUGGAACCCGAGAUUAUGUAUUACAGAGGGGUCUAGUGUCAGGCAAUAAUGAUACCGUCGCAAUAACACUUAAGGAUUGUCGGAUUACAGAUGUAGACAUUGAAGUUUUCAAAAAUGUAUACAAUUUAAAAGAAAUUGAUUUGUCCCGAAAUAAAAUUAGUUCCCUUAAAGUGGGUGUUUUCGACGGAAUCCCAAAACUAUCUUCUUUAAGAUUAUCAAAAAAUUUGUUAUCAACGCUUCCUUUAGGACUUUUUGACAAUUUACCUAAGUUGCAACGAUUAGAUUUGGGGGGAAAUAAAAUUAAGUUUUUACAAUUAGGGAUAUUUAAUUAUUUGCCCCAGUUAGUACGUCUCGAUUUGGCAAAAAACGAAUUCUUAGGAAAAGAAUUAGACCCCUGUCUUUUCAACAGAAACCCAAACAUUAAGUAUUUAUAUUUUUCGGGAAACAAUAUGUCUGAAGCACCAGAUCAGCUCUUAAACGGUUUUCAAAACUUGAAAUUUUUGGGCUUAAAUAAAUGUCACUUGACAGAAAUACCAAAAUUUGUGACGGGGUCCAACCUAAUCACUCUAAAAAAAUUAUUUUUGCAAACAAAUCAAAUAAGAUUAGAUGAUCCUAAGACUUUUAUAAAUAUGGAAAAUUUGGUAGAGUUAGAUUUGUUUCAUAAUGUAAUUGAAAAUUUAAAUGAAACUGUUUUCAAACCGUUGACUAAGCUCAAAAUCAUCGAUCUGUCAUUUAACAAGAUCAAGCAGCUUCCGCAAAAUAUGUUUCAGAACAUGUUACGUAUUAGGAAAAUAUUUUUGUCGCAUAAUUUAAUAAAAAAAGUUUCAGUGAAUGCUUUUCAAAGUCCUAGUUUGGAGUUAUUAGAUUUGAGCAGAAAUGGAAUUUCAUACUUAGAGAAGAAUUUUGUUUCGAAAUUAUAUGCCUUUAAUAAGACCUUGUCGUCAUUUCAUUUUAGGGGUAAUCCCUUUCAAUGCGCAUGUUUCGUUGAAAUCUUGAAUGACGUGAAGAAGCUCGGUAUCGAACAUGACAUAAAUGAAGACAUAGAAGAUAUAAAGUGUUCUAUGACGAAUGAGUUUACUUGUUUGAGACCUGACGAAGAACUACGUGAUGUGGACAAUCACUAGGAUAAGUUUUGGUCUACAUUUGGACGUGCGUAUUACAUACAUCAUUUCCAAGAAAUAAUAUUACCGAAACCAACAUUAAAUAUUAAAUCAUUUUAUAAAAUUAGUUUGUAAUUCUUCUUAAUUAUCACAAUAUAAAAUACUUUAUUAUA